AUGAGGAGAACCCUUGAGCACUCCCAUGCCGAGCAAAUUCCACCACCCAUCUUUCAGCAGCUUGCUUCCCGCCCAGAUGACAUGAUGGAUUCGAACUACGACCAAGAAGAAACGGAAAUGGAGCUAUCCUAUGUUCCUGACCAGUAUCUUUCACCACGAAGGGAUGGCAAUAUCGAAGGAAGGACACUUAGAAAGGGAGUGCACGACGGAUUUCCAGACAGAAGCAAACAGUUAGCAGCCUUGCAAGCUUCGAUCAGAAUGAUCGAAGAGAAGAGAACGAUCUUGAGUGCAUUGGGAGAGGAGCUUGAGCUCUAA